UGUUCGUCACUUCCCCAAGUCGUCAAGUCCACGAAGAACAGAAAUGCUAUUGCUGUUUGCACUGCUAGCGACUCAAAUUGCACCAACUUUCACCAGUGACCUUUCUCGCUGUUUUGUCGGCGACCAGCAGUCUGGUGUGAAGCCGAAAGGCUCGGUAAAGGAACUAAACGUUAUAAGACACAUUUCCUCAUUCCGUGGCAAUGCUAGCGAUUGUGCUCGCGCAUGCUGCAAUCUGUCGACGUGUACGAGCGUGUGGCUGCUCAAGAAUAUCUGUGUGAUGCUUGAUUGCAGUGAAGAGGACCAGAUCGGGCCUUGCUCGACGGUUUCGACGCCUUUCACGUCGUAUGUGGUCAAUGUAGUGCGAAACAAAGUUGAGGAGAACGUACCGUGCACUAUGGAGGGCAACAUAGGAUGUGGCGAGCAUCAAGAGUGUCAGUACACAAACUCUAAUCGUGAUCAAACUCACUGUGUAUGUCAAAUUGGAUAUCAACUUGACAACGUCACACAAGAGUGCGUAUCGUCUACAUCAACCGAAGGUGUGGUGAAUACCGAAGAUGUGACGAAUCCACUUCCCACGGAAAGUCGACUGGGCAGACCAUGUGAUUACACAAUCGACGAAUUUUGUGGUGUGAACGAAGACUGCAAUCUGCUGUUUCCCGGUUCAAGUCAGUCGUACUGUGUUUGUGCUAAAGGAUAUAUAGCUAGUAGAGGCAUCUGUGUGCAAGAUAUGGUUGCACCAAAUGUUGAUAAGAUUGCAACAAGUCGACCCACAUCGGUCACACUGACAACGUCACUGAGCUCAAGCGUUGAAACAGAAGCUACUAGAGUAACAGAAAGACCAACGAAGAAGCAUCAUAGUGCAACAGUGGGCAGCGCGAGGAUCCAUAACGAGUGCAACCCGUCGACUCCUGUGGCUUUGGAUUGCGGUGAGAAUUCGUUUUGUGUGUUUGAAGAAGGUCGGGGAAGUUGGUGUCAAUGCAGACACAGUUAUGUGUUCACGAACGACAGUCGAAGAGACUGUGUUCGUUUCAACGAUACAGACACACAGUCCAAAGUCGUGACUAUUACUUCAAAUAUUGAUAUCAAACCGACAGGCAGGUUGCUGCUUCAGCGGAGGCUGUGCUUUCCUCGUAGUGGUGGAUUCGAAUUACCGGAUUUCGGACAGUGUGGUGUUCAUGCCGUUUGCACUUCUCUGUCUAACAGGAAGGGUUACUGCCAGUGUGUCAACGGAUAUGUGCAAGACAGUAAAGGGAUAUGCGUUUUACAACACACAACAACAACAACAACAACAACAACAACAACAACAACAACAACAAAAAGUCAAGCAAGCAGCAAUCAUCCAUUGUCUACCGGUACACAACGUUUGACCACAACGCCACCGUCAUAUACGGAUAAGAAUGUGAAUGAAGCGACAACAACUGAACACAUUCCUCGCAGACUGGAAAACGAGUUGGACGACAUGGCACAGCACAGUAGUACACUUGCUGUAGGAAAGGCAUCGGCUGCUGUUACAAAAGCAUUGGCUAUGUCUUCGUCUCAGUCUCCUACUACUAUUGAGACUACAAAUGCUUUAAAAGUGAGUUCUACGAUGGAGAUAACAGCAACACCAACGCAGAUGGUUACAACCAAAGUGAUGAGUACAGAAGGAGUGGCGAUCACAGAAAAGACGAAGGCUGAAACGUUGAAACCGACAGCAAAGCAAGAAGUGGCUACGACAAAGAGUCAAGGAAACAAGGCUAUAACAACAGUUGCUCCUAUGGUCACUGAAUUGCUUCCUAAACGUAUUGUCGUAUCAGCUGGUGACAACAGGGAUUUAGUGCUGCCUGAAAACACAGUGACUCUCAUUGCUACAACAUGGCCACCUGCUCCACAGUCAGACAGUUCGUACUAUGCAUUUGAAUGGAAGGAACAGUGUGGUCCUCUUUCUGGUUCAAUUGCUAAUGCUCCUUCCAAUCGCAUCACUCUUAGUCUGCUAAAUGAAGGUCAUUAUUGCUUCAAGGUGACUGUUGUGGGCAAGAGAAAGGAGUUUGGAGUUGGCUUUGUGAAUGUAACUGUUCAUCCACCUAAACGAGUCAACAAACCUCCAAAAGCUGUAAUCACUGCAAGCAAGGGUCGUCUGGAAGUGACUCUACCACGUGACACUGUCAUACUUGAUGCAAAACAGAGCACGGAUGAUGUGAAGGGAUUGAAGUUUCGUUGGGAGCAGAUCAAACGUCCCUUGAAAGAUCUUGUUGAUCACACAAAGGACCAUGAGACUAACUCUGUUCUCAUUGCUAGUGGACUGAUUGCUGGCAAUUAUCGAUUUAAAGUAAUUGUGACGGAUUCAGAUGGUGCAACUGAUGUUGCGUAUGCUAACGUUACGGUCCACCCUGAAAUUGAUUACAAGCCACAUGCCAAUGCAGGCAACUCAAAGGUCAUCAAAUUGCCGAUAGAUUCUGUGACUUUGUUUGGCAAUACGAGCACGGAUGACAAAGGCAUUGUCAAAUAUCAAUGGGAGAGAGAUCCUGAGAGUUCACGGGAGGGCGACAUGAUUGGUACUACAUCAUCUGUUCUACAUCUUCAACAUCUAGCUGAGGGACAUUACACGUUUGUUUUGACGGUGACUGAUGUUAGUGGACAAACAGACAGCAGUAAAGUCAGUGUUGUUGUUGAGCCUGUGAACAAUAUACCACCUCAAGUUAAUGCUGGACCUGACAAGGAGCUCAUCUGGCCUGCUAAGGCUGUGUCACUAAGUGGAAAGCAGACUACCGAUGACAUGGGAACAAGCAACUUAAAAUUUCACUGGAAAAUGAUUAAAGGCCCGCAACAACCACAGAUGAAAGGAGAAAAUGACUCAGUGCUUGAAUUGUCUGAGCUGGUGCAGGGCAAGUAUACGUUUCAAUUGACAGUAACUGACAAGCAACAUGCAUCUGCUUCAGAUACAGUAGAUGUUGUUGUGAAGCCUGAUCAAAACAUAAAACCUACAGCUAAUGCUGGUUCUGAUGUACACAUCCAUUGGCCCACUCGUACAGCAGAGUUAGAUGGCUCAAAAUCAUCCGAUGAUGACAGAAUAGUAUCUUAUUAUUGGGAGCGGACCCUAAACAGUCCAGCUAUUGGAGAUAUUGAGAAUGGCACUGACCAUCAGUCUGUGUUAAAGUUAUCGAAUCUUUCACCUGGUGUGUAUACGUUCAAGUUGACAGUUAUGGAUGCGAAAGGCUUGCAAGACUUGGAUUCUGCUCAAGUGUUUGUCAAAAAAGGCAGUCAUGACAUGGAUCUUGUCGAUGUGCACUUGAAUGUACAGAUCGAAGAGUUUUCUGAACAACAACUGCAAUUUGUUGUCGAAGCUAUAUCACUCAUACUCAAGGUUAAAGAGAAACACAUUGUUGUAGAAAGAGUCACUGGAGAACACAACAAGGUUCAUGUGCUGUUUUACGUUCACGAUGAGACGACUGGUGGCGUCAUACCCGGGCCACACGUCGCCAAUAAGCUGUUCAACAAUUUAGCUGUUGCAUCAGACAGUUAUGAAAUCAGCAUACAAGGGAUACAAACUUAUGUGUGUCAAGAUCCAUGUUCGGGGCAUGGAACGUGUGAUCAGGGCACCAGUCAAUGUGUCUGCGACGGCUAUUGGAUUGAAAAUCCAUUCAAAGCAAAUUUUGGUGACAAGAAGACCAACUGUGAUUGGAGUGUUGUCUAUGUAGUGUUGGUCAGUAUUGUGGUCGGCAUUGUUACACUAGUGGCUAUGUGUACUUGUAUUUGUGUUUACAAACACAAGCGCAUCAAGGCUAAACGGAGACGAAGGUAUGCUUUGUUCAAUGAUGCAGAAGACGAGACGGCUCUUUCAAUGUCGCUGUUGUCAAAUGGAAAGAACCAGAAAGGUAGUCUGAUGGUCAGUGAGUCAGGGUCAGACACUGACAACGUACUAUUCGAUUCUACCAAGAAACCUUUUCAAACCAAGACAAGCAAUGGCAUGAUCAAGAACAACCGAGCAAAGAGUCUGUCAAAGAAAAUAUAAGAAGGCUCGUUUUAGUGUAUACCAAACUUGCAAGUUCAAUACUUCUGUAUAGUUCAGAGUUAUAAAAAUCGUUCACAAUAGAGAAUCUAUGGUUUACUAACAGUUGAGGUUUAACUGGCACCUACUUUUAUGUGCAGUCAUUUGCUGCAUAUCUAGAGUACGGCAGAAGAGCAAUAUGGUGGCUUAUUGACUGUAGCAAGCUAAGUUAUGUGUUGUGCUCUUUUGCUUUGGCAUGGUGGCUAGACAGUAGAGCAGUACAGGAUAGUAAAGUGAUUUGCGGCAAGAAAAUUGCUUUGAUUCUAAUAGUUUGUUGUUGAUUGGUUGUUUUUUCUAAGUGAU